UGGCUCCCGGUGGCCGCCCAUGGCGCGGGCAGGGGACGACGGGCUCGGGGCCCGAGGGUGGGGGCCCUGGGGGCGCUGGGUGCUCUUGCUGAUCGGGCUGGAGGCGACGGUGGCGGCGGCGGCGGGUGAUCCCUCUCUGCACCGGUGGCCGGUGCCCUACAAACGCUUUUCCUUCCGGCCAGAAGCAGAUCCUUAUUGUCAAGCUAAAUACACCUUCUGUCCAACUGGCUCUACUAUCCCUGUUAUGAAGGAGAAUGAUGUCAUCGAGGUCUUUCGGUUGCAGGCCCCUGUGUGGGAAUUUAAAUAUGGAGGCCUCUUAGGACACUUGAAAAUCAUGCACGAUGCCAUUGGAUUUAGGAGUACAUCAACUGGCAAAAACUAUACAAUGGAAUGGUAUGAACUUUUCCAACUUGGAAACUGCACCUUUCCCCAUCUCCGACCAGAAAUGAGUGCCCCUUUCUGGUGUAACCAAGGAGCUGCCUGCUUUUUUGAAGGAAUUGAUGAUAUGCACUGGAAGGAAAAUGGAACGUUAGUGCAAGUAGCAACUAUAUCAGGUAACAUGUUUAACCAAAUGGCAAAAUGGGUGAAAUGGGACAAUGAAACUGGGAUUUAUUAUGAGACGUGGACGGUACAAUCCAGCCCAGGAAAAGAGGCUGAGACGUGGUUUGAAUCCUACGACUGUUCUAAGUUUGUAUUAAGGACUUAUUAUAAAUUGGCUGAACUUGGAGCACAGUUCAAGAAGAUAGAAACCAAUUAUACAAGAAUAUUUCUUUACAGUGGAGAACCUAUUUACUUGGGAAACGAAACAUCUGUUUUUGGACCAACAGGAAACAAAACUCUUGCUUCAGCCAUAAAAAAAUUUUAUUACCCCUUUAAACCACAUUCAUCAACUAAAGAAUUUCUGCUCGAUUUUCUGAAAAUUUUUGAUGAAGUGAUUGUACACAGACAGUUCUAUUUGUUUUAUAAUUUUGAAUAUUGGUUUCUACCUAUGAAAUUCCCUUUUAUCAAAAUAACAUAUGAAGAAAUCCCUUUACCUAGUAGAAACACAACACUCUCCAGACUAUAAAACUUUGAUUC